CGAACAAGAAGGAAGUAAGCACUUUGGAGCUAGCGGUGUUUUUUAUUUUUACGACGCCAAUUAUUAAGCCUGCUUAGGAGUUGAAUGGCAUCAACCAGAUUUGAUAAUAUUCAUGGAAUUGAAAGGAUUCGUUGAGCUGUGGUUGAUUGAGCAUCUGCUUUUCAUAGUGAACAUCUGAGAAGUGGAUCAGUGACCAACAGAGGCAUCAACCUUGUAUUCACAACUACCAAAUAAAGCAGGAUGUGGGUGAUCAGUUGCAUAAAGUGGUCAUGCAUACUGGCAUUAAACAUUUGAAGGAGUGCGUGUUGCAAGAAUGAUACAGCUGGGAUCUCCAUUCAACCAUGUGCAUUUGUCAUAUGCUCAAAUGCUGGCAACACGAGCCACAUAUAGACAUAUACAUGUACCUCUCUCUCAAACCCGAGUCGCUGGACUUUCAAAGUUCGGUGCUUUCACGCCAAAGAUUCUCUCAACAAUUAAACCAAUUACAAUCCUUGAAGGCCAGCGUUGGGAAAACUACAGACCAGUGAGUUCAUCGUCCUAUGAGGGGCCUUCUCGUUCUGUUCGGCAGAGCCGACCUGAGGAAAGUCGUCCUUACAAUGAAGAAAGAUCUUCAGCUGGCUCUUUAGGACUGGAAAACUUGGGAAUGGUCACAGGAAGAAAUGAUCAUCAUGCUGAAAGUGAAACGUCAUACUCCAGUAGUAAUAACUCAUUGUCUUCCUUCUGGUCUUCGCAGAGCGAUGAAGGCUUAUGCAGGGCAGAUGUCAAUACUAACAGCGAAUUUGUGAUUGUCAACAGUGCCAUGGAUAUGAGGACUGUAGAGAGACUGAGGAAUGCCCCUGGGGUGCCUGUAUUGCCGCCCCCAUACCCCUACCCUGAGGACCCUCCACCCACAUACGAAGAGGCCAUGUUCAGUGUCACACACACCCACAUGGACUCCGAAACACUCAAGGAGGUGGCUGCCACCCUUUCAGAAUUGGAUGGCGUGCUCAGUGAAUACCAAGUGGAGACCCAGGGGGAGCCUGCCAAUUGCGUGCAAGGCUUGUGCAGUCCCUCCUCUACACCAUCAGAGGAAGUUGAUUUUCAUCUACAGUCUCAGUCUUUUGCUGAAGACUCUGAGAAUCUGUUAGAUGCCACUGGGCCUGAAAUGGACUCCGGUCAUAGUACUACAUGUGUAAGCCAUGGGGUGCAAACUGAUGAAAUAAGCCAAUUGGUGAGAAGUAGCAGUGAUCAUUUCCGCUCAUAUCCUCCAGUCUCACAUCAUCGUACACAAAAUAUUGAGUUUGACAUACUCUACUGACGGACAAAUAAGAAAAUAGUUUAGGUAAACAUACUGUGGCUACUUUUUCUGAAUGAACUUCUCAUACUCAAGGAACAAGACCGUUAUUCUUGAAUAUAUAUGUAGUGUAAAACAGCAGUCAUGGAAUAAAUAUUCAAGGAGCUGCUCUUUAGGGCGUAAAAAUAAAAUGCAUGUCUCAGACAGCCAUUCUUUAAAUGAAUUGAUUUUAAAUGUCAAGAAAAAUGAAUAUAUCAGAGAUAUACAUGUAUAU